AUGUUGUUUUCCUACGCAAAGACUGCUAGUGCGGCUUUCGCACUCUGCAGUACCCUGGCGCACGCCGCAUCAGCUGCACAAGCCAGCGACGAUGCAAGAAGAACCGCAAUGGAAAUAGAUUCAUCAGUGACGAAGUUGCAGCCAGAGAUGAACAUCAAGGAGCAGUCCAUCCCUGAAGAAGCUUUGACAGCACCAAAACAGGACGUUGGCCUUGAGCCUGGCGAGGGCGCCUCGGACUCCGAUACCACGAGCACGGACGCGGGCGACGAGGAGUCGGACUCCGAUGUGGAGAUGUUCUCACCCAGGACCGCGGUUGCUGACGGGGAGAGCAAUCCUGAAGAUAGCGACGUUAACAUUUCCGAACUCUCCUCCGCCUAUCCUGAGUGCGGGGAGAGCAGCAGCAGUUUUCUACGUGUAGACGAGCUGUUGGCACCAGCGUCAGUGCAAGAAGAACACCAGGCAGCUGCACAACCAAGUAGUUCUACUGCUCAUUCAAGCAUGGCCUUUUCAUCUCGACCGGAGGUUCGGGCCGCGCUAUCUAAAUACGAUCCCUCCGAGGGACCACAAGCUUUCAACAGUUUUGACCAGCCCGGCGCGAACAAGUGGCUCUCCGUAUCAUGAUUAAAAACGUACCCACACCAGAGUCAAGAUGGGAAUCUCGCAACACAAAUCGAGAAGCUUUGGGAAUCAAGCAUGACAAGUCCCUCUCUGUAGUGUAGUGUAGUUUAGCAAGUACAGCCGCAACACAAGUCCAUCUACUCAUCCCGCUUACAGCAUCACAAAGUCCAAAACACGAUUGGAAAUGGCUCUCAUGGGGUUGCGCAUUACAAAUCUUUCUGUAACUGCAAAUCUGCAUGACAAGUAUGGGGUGGGGACGUUUUUCCUCAGGAUACUCCGACCACACCACUCAGCUGAUCGAGCUGCGCCAGGUGCUUCGCCCCGAUAUUGUCGGAAAGCAGAACACCAUACUGCCCUGGACCCUGAGGGGGCUGACGUGGAACCUGAUGCUGCAACAGCAGCGGAUGGUGUUUUUGGGGGAAGACAAGGAAAACGGGGACGCGAAGCAGAUCUGGCUGAGUCCCUGGUCAUUUCCGAAUCCGCUCGACUUGAACGGGAAGAAGAAGAGCAAAAAAAAGCCCGCGAGAGUCCUGACGACGAACCGCGAACCCAACAGUCACUGGGAGGCGCGAACGGUGAGCCAAUUCGAGAAGAUCAUUUCUCUCAUGCGGAAGGAAAAUCUGGCUUUCGCCUUUCUGCAGGAGGUGGGCAUGUUGCGAAACGACAAGUACCAACAGGAGAGCUUGAAAAAAAUCAUGGAGAAACUUCAUGCCGCGGGUUACGAAGCACUCACCACCGCGAAGGACACCCAGGAGUUGAUGAUUGUUUACGAUCCGAAGCAGAUUGUGCCACAUAAAAAUAUUACCUACGGGGAGGCUUCCGCUAGCGAUACCGAUAGCGAUCCUCACCUCGAGGGGCUGUGGCCGCAGACGCGGGAUGGCCAGGUCGUGGGUAAAAACCGAGCGGCAAAGGCGCUGUUUAAGAUCGUGACAGAAACAGAGGAAAAUAACCAACCACCGCCCUUCGAGGAGCAGUUGGUGACGCUUGUGAACUUGCACCUGGACUACGAGGAGGAGGCUUACGCCGAGAAGAUUUUCACGCUACAGCUGGACAACCAGUGGAACAACAUCGCCACAAUUCUGGGCGGCGACACGAACCACUGCACCUUGUGCGGCAUGCUGCAGAUGACGGGGAAGGGCGACCGCGCGACGAGUCUUGGGAAGGGUGGACAGGUUAAAGAAUCGAGUCAGGAGUACGCGAAGUUGGAGAAAGAUCUCAUGGGUUAUGCGAUUAACGAACCCAAAACCGUGGAACUCGACGGGCUGGUCGCCACCCCGGUGGAAUUUCGCGACGUAGCGGUGCCACCCGCACUCGCCAACACUCUUCUAGCGGCCGGUCACAGCCUGCCGAUUUAUAACGCAGAUCCAGUAGUUUCCGCGAGUGAGAUCGACGGGUUUUUCUUCUCUCCCGCGCGCUGGGGCUACACCCGCGCGGCGGUGCGGAAGUUGGAGUCUGAGCAGUGGGUUGUGGAGCAGGGGGGCCACGACACUUGGGAACAAAACAAGCUGGUGUUAGAGAAAGUGGCGGCCGACGACUGCUUCUCGACAUCGAAACUCGGUCAGCCGUGGUUCAGACCGGACUUGGCAGACGAGUUCGAAGCGUGUGUCGCGCAGGGGGAAGUAGAUGCCGAGGGCGGACAGGCCUUCGAACACUGUUUCAACCAGGAAUGGCUGAAAAAUAACCACGAGCAAUUUCCAACGCUAGCGAAAAUCCUGUUGACACGGUACGCACCCAAAAAGUAG